AUGGGGAGGAAUGAGACCGGGGCGGAGAGCGCGGGCGAGAGAAAGAGGAGUAAUAAGAAGGCGGCGGCGGCGGCGGCGGCGGCGGCGGCGGCGGCGGAGGAGGAGGAGGAGGAGCCCAUGCGGGGGCGGGUCCGGGGUUCAGUUUAUCGGGGAAUGGAGUGCGUUGACUCAAUAAUUGUUCGUGUUUGUGCGUGUGUUUGGAUAGAGUGCUCUCCUGGGGACGGCCUGACGUGGGAAGUUGAGGGGUCAUUUUCUCACGGUGGCGGCGACAACCCACUUUCAUUAGGUUGGAAUGUUUUUUGCUAUCGAAACUUGGGCUGGCGACUGGGCGGUAUUCCGGAAGCAGGCGGCCCGACUUGUACCUCACUCCACAGGCAUUGCACAAAGUCCUCGGCCCAUUCGGGCCCAUUCUCCACUGUGGGGUCUUCUCCGUCUGGCAGUGGCUACAUCUCCUUCUCGAUAUUGACAAGCCCGAUUUCCUCGUCUGUUUUCGGGAAGCUCUCUCUUUUAUUUUUGGCCCGUACAAAAAACCGUAUUCAAAUUCUCCUUCUUGAGAAUUAUUAG